AUGUCUUUUGCUCAAACCCUGUGGGCUUCCCUCGUCCAGCAGUAUUCUUACUUCGUCUUCACCGCGCCCAUGGAUGAAGACAGGAUUGGCCAGCUCGAGCAGCGGCAGGACACUUGGCAAUCGCAACAACAGCCACCUCACUCGCACCAGCCGCAGCUUUCCGACCUGCGGCUGCAGUAUCCCCAGCAUCUCCACUCACAAUCAGCCGGCCAGAGCGGGUUCCACGCUGCGCGAACCCCACUGCAGGAUUCAGAGACGUGGCGGUAUGGUACCGUGUCCAGUCAUGAGUCUAGAGGAGGUUACUUGGCUGAUCAACAGGCUCAGUACCAGGUUCCGCAGCUGAUUGCGAGCACAUCGCCGUCUUGGUCGCCGUCAGGCUGUGUUCCGCCGUUCGUGAUGGGACACGGGCAGGUGUCCUCGACACACUGGGCUCACAGUGGUGGUGGUGCUUAUGAAUGUUCGCAGGCACAGCAAUUGCAGCAGCAGUACGAACGGCCGAGGCAGCAUGAUGGGUGGAUUGUACAGCAGACGUGCUCAAGUCAUGCUCAGCACGACACUGCUGCGCAGAGCGGCUAUCUCGGUCCAGAUGGUGUGCCAUUUGAUCUGCGAGAGGCGGGUCUACAAGGACAGGUCGAUCACGAGACUGCAGCAGGGCCGUAUCAUGAACACUGGCCGAUUUAUACUGGACCGCGAUCGAACUCAUACAAAGCGUUUUAUGGCGCAUAUAAACCGCUUGAUGAAGAACCUGUAUCCUCAGGCCGACCACCUCACGACGCACAAAAGGCAACGGUGAACUCAGUAUCAAAGAACCUACCUUACUGCAGCGAUAAUAAUAAUGACGAAGAAGAGUCUAAGACUGCCCUAGUGCGCUACUCGCCAGAGUCCAGUACCUCACGAUUUCAAUCGUACCGAGGUCGAAGAGAGGAUGAGUAUCUGCAAUGGGAUGAACAGUAUGGUUUCGGAUUUGCAGUCUCUCCACCAAAAGCCCAGCCGCUCCGUGCGGCACGCACUCGUCCUGCUGGCGGUGACUAUAAGUACACAAGCAAGGGUAUUGGGGAACGUCGGUCAAAGAAAGUCAAUUCACUUUCAUUCUCCCAAGCCCGUUUCGAUGACGGAGAGGAGCUUGGAGAUGUUCGCUUUGGCUCCAAUACUGCUAGUCCUUCACAGAACUCGCCACGAACUGCGGAAAAGUAUAUUUCUCACGCCCACGACCAUACUAAGCAGGAUCAGUCUCCUCGAGAAAGCGGAAUUCAGACAUCAGAGCGGCCAUGGCAACCAGCGUUCCAUCAUGUUCGGGCUGACCGUACCUUGAGACCGACUACUGAACCAACCUUCGCGCGGCCGGUCUUCCAUAAGCCUAUGCAACUCUUCGAACAUAGCGUCGAACCUGGUGGUAUCCUACAGACUAACGCACAAACAGUGCGCUCGAGAGCCGCCGCUGGAAUUCAUGGACUGCGCAGCGCUCAUGUACCAAGGUGCCCUCCACAACGCUCAGCCAAAGACGUGCGAGAUGCACACAAGCAACAUGUACCCGUGACCGAUUUGAAAGAGUUAGUCGAGGGCAUUACAUUGCCAGCAGACAAGCAGAAGGCGUUUGACACAGCUUGUGAUCAGGGUGUUUACAAGGAAGCGACGCAAACGAGCUCAAAGAAGGACUGUGCUUUUGAAGAACAAGCUCUGCUUGAAAGCAAACUUAGUGGCUGCGUAUAUCACGGCUCGAGAGAAGAGUUGGCCAGGUUUCCUAGAAAAGCACUGCCAAGCAGACGUCGCAUUCAUCGCCGUACCACAACCGAAUCCAUGCCACCCUCUCCGCCUUGGAAGCGGACCAGAGGCGAGUCCAGCUCCCCACAAGAUGGCAGCGACAUACAGCCGAAACCAGCGGCCGGACCAACACCCACACCGUCUCGCGCGACGGGUCUCUGGGACAAGUUCGCAGCCCACAUCGCGCAGGACGACAAGAAGAUGGCUGUGAAAGCACGCGAAGAGGUCGAGCGCCUGAAGAGAGAGAGGUUCCGCCCAGAAUUGAGGGAAACACACAAGGACAAGAAGGGGAAGAAAGAGAGGGUGGUGCAGGAAAGAGUGAGCGGUAGCACAAGCGCAGGUAUCCGUAGCCAAUCAGCAGGCGGCAAGAAGGAAAAGAAGCAGACGGGUGGUGGUGGAGUGUUGGUGGACGAGGCAUACGACACCGACUCGUCUGAUGGCGGCAUCGCGCUCUCGCCCUCAGACCUGGAGCCAGACUCGUGGGUUGUCGUCAAGACGGGAGAUGAGAGCAAGGGGUGGGAAACGAGGGUGCUAUUGGCAAGUGGUUGUUGA